UCCUUCAAACGAACCUGACCCAUAGUAUUGGCACGCUGAUGACAAAUUUCUUCUGUAUGCAUUUCUAAAUAAGAAUAAUUACCAUGGCAACCACACCUGGAUUCACCUCUACAGAGCACGUGAAUGUUAAUGAGAAUAACGAAACGGACUCAUGCAGUUGGCUAGUAAAAAUAGAAGACCGCGAAUACAACUACCCUUCUAGAAACUUGUAUCAUGUCUCAAUCCUGUGUUGCGUUACGCUGUUCGGAAUCGCUGCUAAUGGAUCGCUUAUUUUCAUCGUAUUAAAGAACCGACAUCUCCGGAAGACACAGAAUAUCUUAUUCGUCAAUCUCAUGAUCGGUGAUCUCGUGUGUCUGCUUGUCAAUGUCCCCAUCGCCAUCGAGUUCGAGAUCAUGCAGUCCAACUCGAACGUAUCCGGCAACUUCAUAUGCAAAUUCAGAAACUUCUCCAUGAUCAUGAGUGCGUGCCUCGUCGUUUACUCGUUGGUGGCGCUCUCAAUCGAACGCUAUCAGAAAAUUGCCGAUCCUCUGGGAAGAAACCGCUGGGGAGAAAGCCGCGCUUGGGGAGCCUUUAGAAGCUGUUCAAGACAUUCAAAUGUAUUGAUUGUUUUAGUGAUCUGGGCUUGUUCUUUCGCUGUUGCUGCUCCUAUUCUAGUUUUAGCCAAAGAAAAAAACAACAGAUGUUCAUGGAUUCCUCAUCACACGUACCAAGCAAAAAUAUUCAAAAUGUUUCGGGUCAUGGCGACAUUUGUCAUUCCUUUUAUCAUAAUCGCAACGGUACACAUCAUUAUUGCAUGUACACUAUUAAGAAGCAUCCAUGAUCCCAUCGUGAAGGAUUCUCAAAUACGUCGCUCUUUGAACGGUAACGGUCGUCACAACAGUCAGAAGCGGUUAAGGGAUCCCCGUACUACAUCUCGCGUCAAGAUCGUAAUAGUAGUAACGCUUCUUUCCACAAUGUUCUUUCUUGCACAAUUGCCAAUCACCAUUUUCAACAUGUUAUUCGAGUUUCAUUUUUGUCUGCUCUGGCUGAAAUCUUUUAUCGUAUUUUACCGCUGGUCAACCACUCCGUUUUACGUUUUGUGUUGUUUCAACCCGGUAAUGAUGUACAUCUUAAGCUCCCGUUUCAGGAAGCAGCUUAUGCUUGACUGCUGCUUUCCGUGUAGGUCCCCUAUUUUGCACAGAAUGUCAAUGAGCACACGGACAACAGAAAACGUGCCGCUUGAUAAUCAUACUGUAAAGUGAAGUGUUGACGGUUUGCUUCUCGCGGAAUGGGCGAUAGUUUCCUAGCCUAUAAUAACAAAACCUGAAGUUUUAGUCGGAAAGAAGCGACAAAAAAAAAUCGAGGUUCGCAGUGCAACGUGGUGGAGAGCACCCAUGUGGGUCAAUUCGACCAUGGACCUACUACUUUGUCAGAGUAUUACUUAGGUCCAUGAUUCGACAAACGCGGAGACUCUUCCUGCCAGAAGACUUUCGUGGUAUGGUGGUACGCUAUAUUGCAAAACGAAGUAUCUAUGGUGGAUAUCUUGAUAAAAAUAAUGAACGCUUACUUUAUACAGCUCAGAAGAUUCCUCAGUGACCUAAAUGUUAUCAGUUCUAAUUACUACACUAGCUGAAACGGGGAUUUUUAUUUUGAAUCCUGAACAAUUCAGAAUCGAGACCUUUGAGAACUAUGGGAACGGCAAGUCAUCAUAGAAAAGUCAAAUUUUCCCAUCGGUUAUUGUAUAAUUUAUGAUUCUGUACCUUUACAGUACUUAGAGUUACUCCCGGCGUAAUGUGUUGCAUAUUGAUUACAAUAUAAUUUACACUGCACCACACUCCGGUGUCGUUAAUGAUGUGAACAUCGGAGAUCUACUAGUAUCCCUUCCGGUCCAUGCUUCCAUAGAGGUGGAUCCCUGUCGUGAAGGAAUCGGGUUUACGGGCUUUGACCAAGGGGGUACCUUUGAAAUGAACCUCCUUGCUUUGACGUGGCUAAUGGAAUAUCUUUGAGCAACCAAUCAGGAGUUCUCAUUUUAUUUUACAUCGAGUUUUCAAAGUAUACCCAAGGGAUUUUUCAUAAACCGUCAAAGUACGACUUAAGAUGACAUUUAAAUUCCAACUGUCCGAUAACCUAUCAUCACAUAGUCAAGUCGUGCUCAGAGGAUCGACGAGUGAUGCACAGUCGUGUGUUAGAUUACACUUGUAUUAAUGCAUACUUGACAUAAUUAUGUAAAUAACAUUUUGUGAAAUAGUCUGUGGUAAUGUUCGUUAUGUUGCAAUUGUUACCCGAGACAUGGUUAAUAACUGGAAUACAGCCAGCAAAGUGCCCCCCCCCCCCCCAUUAUUGGAAAUUAUUAUUAGUUUCAUCCAUACUUAUCUUGAAAUCGGACGUUCUUUGGUGAAAAUAUAUGUACUUUCCUUGCAUCUGAUGGUUUGAAAUAACCAUAAUUUUCUUCAUCCAAAGCUUUUGAAAACAUCAGAACAUCAAGAAAAAUAAGACAUGAUUGGCAUUACAUCAUGAUCAGGGGCUGCGGAACGGUUCGAGAGGAGAUGCAAAAAUACACUAUCAUAUUUUUUGUACGCUUUUGUUCAUUAUUUCUAAAAAAUAAGAAAUAGUUAAUUUGACAAAAAUUCACUGAAUAACAUUUUUCUACGUUUGUUUCUCUUUAUUUUAUUUUUUUGCGUUCCAAUGUUAUAAUGAUAUCAAGGAAUAUGGAUAGAUCAUGUAUAAAUCUAUGCACCCUGUGCUGACGAAUCUCGUUAAUUGAGCAACACUGACAUUCAAUCAAAAACCACUAAAUCCAGCUGGGAUAUACGCACGUAAAACAAAUGGGGCCAAAUUUUCGUGAUUAUAUUGUACAUAAAAUGAAAAAAAUAUAACUGAUCGAAACUAUUUAUUAUAUGUAAAUUCAUUAGACAACUAAUUAUAUCUGACAGAUUGUAAUUAAAAGGCAUGUGUAUGAUAUUUAAAGUGUUAAUAUGAUGGUGUAUUGUUUGACAUUUGUAUCAUUGAUAUAUGGAGGGAAAUUAAAAGUUUUCCUAUUUUGUGUUUGCUUCUUAUGCUAUCUCUUUCACUGCGUCUUUCAGAGAUGCAAGUUUCAUUCAUUUAUCAUGCGUAUACAGCCUCAAAUUCAUUAAAUGAGCUGCAGAUAAUUAAUCUUGCUUCGUUUACAUACAUUAGCCCGGCGCGGCGGUCAUCCAUUUGCGAUCCGAUUUUUGAUCCACAAAAAAUAUAAUAGCAUUUUAUAAGAAUAUCACAACCUAUAAAAAUCUUACCAAUCGAAGUUCCGAAUAGUGGUAUGAAUACUAAAAUAAAAUCCAGUUUUAUUGCGAGCCCCCCCCCCCCCCCUGUAAGAGUGCAAUUAGACUCAUUGUCAAAUCAAAGUGACGUCAUAGCGAUCUUGUCAUCGGUUGUGGAUUGAAGCCGCUUUGGACUUCACGAGUCUAAACUUCACAUAGAAGUGUGAUUUUUCGUAUUGAAUGCAAAUGCGACUUGUUCGAAAUCGGGUCACAGUCGUGGCUCAGAUCCAUCCAUGUCAUUAGGGAGUUUUCGCAGACACUUUCGAUAAGGUCAUGGGCGGAAAUCCCAGGGGGGACGUGUCCCCCCUACCAAAAAUAGUAGGGGGACACAAUAUCAAAUGUCCCCCCUACUAUUUUUGGUCUUUUAUGAUGAAGAAAAAUGCAUCAUUCACAUUCGAAAUAAUACAUGUAUUUUGGACUAAAUGACCUUACAUUUUGGGUGAAAACCUUUGUUUUUUUUUGCUUGUCAAAUUUUCCAGAGUGAAUAAAAUAAGAUGAGGGGAAAACUUGGAAAAUAAAAAGAAUCUUUCAUGUCACUAUAUAAAAUUUUCGCUCGCGCUUCGCGCUCGCAUCGCCUGUUAGGUGAUUUUUCAAUAUGGAGCUUAAAUAUCAAGUUUGGAAGUCAAUAUACAUUAUACAUUUCACCUCGGAAAUCGAACUUUCAUUAUUUUGUGUGAUUUACAAACGGAUUUUUAAAAAAGUGAUCUGUAAAAGUUACAGCUUUAUGGUCAGAAUAUUGACAUUUUCUACUCGCACUAAGCGCUCGCAAAAUUCGAUUUAUUCAGUACCUAUUAUGUUUGUGUAUUCCAUUAAGUUUGAAAAUAUCCCUUUUCAAGUCUGAUUGUCAAAACGUAGCAGAUAGUGCUACUCGUAUUUUGAUUGGCGAUUUAUGUAUGUCUCAAUAUUGAUUUUCAUGACAGUUUAUCAAAGAUUUUAGCUCGCGAUUUGCGCUCGCAUUGAUGGUUAAAACUAUUUUAACUAAUGCAUUCUAUUCCUAAUUACAAAAGUGCUUGAAACGUCCAGUUUUCAGGCCAUAAUAUCAUCAGAUUUAUCGCCCACAUUAUGCAUUAAUAAAUAAGAUAUCAAUUUAAUGAUUAAAUUGUCCCUUUUGUUUCAUCUCGCGCUUAGUAAAAGGAAUAGGAAGAUAGUCAUCAUUUUCAUAUGACUUGUCCUAAGGAUGUCCCGGUCCUAUGUAAAAACUCAAAUAAUGAAAAAUAUCAGCUCUUUAUUAAGUGUGAUCCAUAUCCACCUCACAAUUUUCCUACAAAGUGCUUGAAAUAUAUAGCUGAAAUUGACUCUCUUUUUCAGAUCGGAAUAUCAAAUAGUUUAAGCUCGCGCUUCGCGCUCGCUGAUAGAUGUGUAAAAUGCCGAGAUUCUAGGUCUGAAUCUGAAACACGCUCAUGUUUAUUCAGAUAUUCAAUUUGUUCUCUAUUUAAAUCAUUAUCCAGUUUCAGAUCACAAUAUCAAAAAUUUUCUGCUCGCGCUUUGUGCUCGCAUUAUUAAUGUAGAAAGAUCCCCUAUUACUCAUCCUUUUUAUGAUUUACAAAACAUGAGUAGAGUGUCCCGUUUUUAGGUCUAAAUCUCGAAUUUUUCUGCUCACGCUUCGCUUACAUCAAUUGUUUAGUUAUAUAGCUACCCUGUUCACGAUUACAAAAGUUGAUUAAAAUUUUCGAUUCUUUUUGAAAAAAUGUCAAAAAUUUUAAGCUCGCGAUUCGCGCUAGCGUUGAUUGUUGAAAUAUGUAACGUCUUCAUGGCUAAGUGCAAGCAGUCCUUAACAAGUACCUUUUCGAUCAAUUCAAAUUAAACGUAUAUGAACAUUUACUGGCUGCAUUUUGCACUCGCUUUAUUAAUGUAGGGACCGGGUGUAAGAAAGACCCCCACUUACUCAUCCUUGUCAUGAUUUACAAAACAUGAAUAGUUCUUAGGUCUAAAUCUCAAAACUUUCCGCUCGCGCUUCGCGUUCGCAUCAAUUGUUUAGUUAUAUACCUAUUAUAUGUUUAAGUUACAAAAAGUGCUUAGAAUUUCCAGUCUUUAGGUAAUAAUUUCAAAAAAUUUCAGCUCGCGCUUCGCGCUCGCAUUGUUUGAUUGUUGAAAUAUGUAACGUCUUCAUGGCUAAUUGCAAGCAGUCUUUAACAGGUAGGCUACCUUUUCCAUCAGAUAACCUCUGCUCGCACUUCGCGGUCGUAGUAAAUAUUUAGUUGUAUAUACAUCUUUUUCAGGAUAACAAACAUCGCCCAGAAUGUUCAAAUUGUAGGGAAAAAAUACAUAAAUUUUGCUCGCGCUUCGCGCUCGCAUUAUAUAAAUAAGGAUAAUGAUUUCAUAUAUUUAUGUUGAUUUAUAAGAAUAAAGCUAAAAAGUGACCAUGAGGACUACUCCUUCAAUGAAACAGACAACAAUUACCUUCGAGCGGCCGAUCGGGGAUUAACAUAUGGCUGAAAAUGUUUUCUCCCCCCCCCCCCUAUUGGCGAAGGCUGGAUCAGCCCCUGUUGUCCCCCCUACCUGUUUCGGGACAGAUUUCCGCCCAUGUAUAAGGUAGAGAAUCUUUUAUAGCAAUGUCGUCCUGGACUCUGGACAAAAGACAUAUUUGCAAUUUUUCUUCUGGUCCGAAUCUUCAGACGAUCUGCUGUCCCUGUUCCCCAACUUUUGACAAAAAACCUCUCAGCUGUUCAUUGUGAUUCGACUUGCAUUUUCAAAAGAAUUGGUGCGUUGUAGAUAGCGUCUGCGAAAUGAUAGCGAAAACUUACUUUUAUAGUGAUACGUCCUCUUUUAUUCAUGCACAAUCAUCUUUGUACACAUUUUUUUUUCUUGUAUUGAGUAUUGUGUAUAUAUAGCUAUUGUUAACAUGCUAAAUGUAUUUCUUUGUCAAAGCAAAAUCAAUUGUCUGCCUUUAAUCACCUCGUGUUGUCAUAUUUCUAACCACUUUUUCCCUAGUCAAUACAUUACCAAAUAAAUGGAAUGUAUCA